AUGGCAUAUUUACAAAAACUCGUAGUAAAACCGUGUGUACCUAGGCUGAUCUAUCACAUACAGAGAAAUCAACUUUUUUUAAUACAACUUAAAAUUCUGCAAAAGCAGCAUCUAAUGAUUAAUGACACAGUGCAAAAAUUGAAUCUAAUCUUCAGUUUGCAACUUCAUGCUACUAUAGUCAUGACCUUUUCUGGAAUCAUUUUUGAAGUUUAUUAUCAUACAGUGCGUUGGCAAAAUGGAAUACACAUUACUUUUGAUAUGCAUUUUUUUCAUGUUUUAUUGUCAAUAACGUUUUAUAUUUUAAAAAUAAUCCUAACUGUAUGGGCCUGUGAGACUGGUAAGAACCAGGCUCAAGAGAUCAAUACAAUCAUUCAUGAUGUACUGAAUAGCACGAGCAACGCCCAAAUUAAGAACGAGUUGCAUUUAUUUUCUUUACAAAUAUUACAUUGCAAAAAUACAUUUUCAACAAAAGGUCUUACUGUUGAUAAUGAUCUUAAUAAUGCUGAAUGA